AUGGAGCAAGAUGAAGGCCCAGGCUCAGGGCAAAACCCUACCCAGAAAUCCCGGCGGAAUCGGGCUCGAAGCUGGGAACUGGAGAGGAGGCGAGAGGGUCCUGUCCUGUCUGCCUGGCAGCGCAGCGGAGAACCCCGCUCCCGAGAGCAGAGCUCGCGCGAGGGGCCCCAACUUCGGGCCCAGCCCCGGCCGCAGCAGCUGAGAAGGAGGAGGAACAGGGUGCAGCAGCCUCGGGGGCCAGAGGGGUUCGGUCCGUCAGUCCAGAAGAAGCCAGGGAGUCCCAGACAGCUGCAGGCUCAGCCCGGAGGGGAGCGGGAGCCGUCGCUGAGUGCGUGCCAUGGUAGCUCCAAGCCCGGAGCGGACCGCUCCCAGGGCUGGUGUAAAGGAGCCCCCGGGUCUCCCGAGCUGGAGAAUGCGGCGACGCAGCUCAGCCUGCUGCUGCUGCUGUUACUGCUGGGGGGCUCAGCGCGGGCGGCGCGGGGCCACGAACGCGGUCAGGGCCCCCAGCAGCCCUUCGAGAUGCUCUACAACCGCGGCGUCGAGGCAUUCUCGGCCGGGGACUUUCAGGCCGCAGUGCGCUACCUGGAACAGGCGCUGAGCAGCCGCCGCAGGCUGCGGGAGGAGAGGCUGCGCUGCCGCCUCGAGUGCGGGGCCAGGGCGCCCCUGAGGACAGCGCGCGGCGGCGGCCCGGCCUGGGAGCUGCGCUUCUUGCGCGCCCUACUGGAGCGGGCUCGUUGCGUGCGCCGCUGCGAGCGGGCGGACGAGGACAGUGGGUGCGGGGAGCACUGCGCUGCCGCCAGCGCACGAGUCCUGAGCCGCAGCCCAGAGGACGUGAGCCUAGACUUCCAGAAGAGGAUGCCCUACAGCUACCUGCAGCAGGCCUACAGCCAGACAAAUCAGAUGGAAAAAGCUGCUGAAGCUGCCUAUACUUUCCUAAUGGCCAACCCUGAGCACAUGGCAGUGCCUUCUCAUGAUGAGAAUACUGAAACGGUGGCAGGAACCAAGCUGGUUGAUCGAGAAGCCCAACCCCAUCUGGAACACUACCGGGACGCUGUAGAAUUUUAUGAAGCUGAUAACUUCCAGUCGGCUAUUGAGUCCUUUGAACAAGCUUUAAAGGAAUAUUUUGUGGCUGACAGGGAAUGCCGGGUUCUGUGUGAGUGGUCCCAGAGCUAUGGUGACUAUGACAAUCUAGCAAAAACUGAUGGCUUCUAUGAAGUCAUUGCAGGUCUCUACUCCCAGCGUCUGAUAUGUGAGCAUGACUGUGUGAGGGAGCUCGCCACAUGGCCUGGACAGCUCUCUCCCAUCGAGAACUUCCUCCCUCUUCACUUUGACUACCUACAGUUCUCCUAUUAUCAAGUUGGCAACUAUGUGAAAGCCCUGGAGUGUGCCAGGGCCUACCUCCUAUUUCACCCGGAUGAUGAGGAUGUGCAGGACAAUGUGAAGUACUAUGAGAGUGUGUUAGAAGAGAGCAUGGACCCCCAAACCAUCAAACCUAGGGAGGAUGCUACAAUAUUUAUGAAACGGCAUAGACUUGAAUCUGAGCUUAUCACGUCAGCUGUGGUCCACCUAGGCAUUCCCUACACUGAACAGAAUUACUGGACCCACGGUGGAGGACGACAGGAAGAGCCUCAGGUCCUUUCAGAGAUGGGAAGCAGGAUGACCGAGGCUCCUGAGCAGUCUGUGGGGAAGCAGCCCGUGCCUAGGCUGGAGCGGGACCUUCGAGAGGGGGGGCCGCUGCUCUACAGCCACGUGAAGUUUGUUUAUAACUCAGAACAGCUGAACGGAACCCAGAGGAUGCUGCUCGAUAAUGUCUUGUCGGAGGAGGAAUGCAGAGAGCUCCAAAGCAUGACCAGUAGAAUAAUGCUUGCUGGCAGUGGGUACCAAGGGGAAGUUUCACCCCUCACUCCCAAUGAGAAAUUUGAAGGUGCCACCAUCCUAAGAGCCCUCAAGUUUGGCUAUGAAGGCCGAGUACCCUUGAAGAGCGCGAGGCUGUUCUACGAUGUCAGUGAAAAGGCCCGCAAAAUCGUCCAGUCUUACUUCAUGCUGAACUCUACCCUCUACUUCUCCUUCACUCACCUGGUUUGUCGAACGCCUCUGUCAGGUUCAAAGCACCAGCUGGGACAUUUCUUCCUUCCUGUGUGUUUCCCAAAUGGAUUUUAUCAGCCACAAAAUAGGGAUGACCUCAGUCACCCCAUCCAUGCUGACAACUGCUUCUUGGACUCAGACACCAACGAAUGUUGGAAGGAGUUUCCUUUGGCCGCAAGGGAUUACAGUGCCAUCCUCUAUAUGAAUGAAGACUUUGAAGGCGGAGAGUUCAUCUUCACCAGCAUGGAUUCCCAAACUGUGACUGCCUCCAUCAAACCAAAGUGUGGACGUAUGGUCAGCUUUUCCUCAGGCAGAGAGAACCCCCAUGGGGUGAAGGCUGUGACCAAGGGGCAGCGGUGUGCUGUUGCUCUGUGGUUUACCUUGGACCCAUUGUACAGGGAGUUGGAACGUCUGCAGGCAGAUGAAAUGAUCAGACAGUGGAACCACGAACAGGGCAUCAACCCCAAAGACGAGCUAUGAACAUGGCCAAGAGUGCCCUAUCAAAUAUUUAUUUAAGAACGUUAAUCUUAUUAGAACCUUUUAUUUUUGUACAGAGUCUUGCUAUAAAUUAACGCGUGAACAUGAGUCUCUGAAGCCUCCCUUUGUCUACAACCCUUCAAUCUUCUGGUUGGCACAUCUUUCAAGAGAAUCAAUCGAGCAGUCGAUCAAUAAGCACCUGCUGAGUGCCUUCCAUGUGCUGGGGAACUCACAAGGAGCCCCCGGCCUGGGGAGCUGACCUCCAAUCCCACAAGCAUGUAUUUGUAUUAAGUACCUACUCAGUGCCCCCAGCAUGGGGCUCCAGUGCCAGGAGGACAAAGAGAAACAGAAAAAGUCCCUGCUCUCCAGGUGUGCAAAAGAAACACCCAAACCCCUCCUGUUCAGUGUGCUGAGGGUGUCAAGGCCCAGACAGCAAGGGUCCCUCCUUUCUCUCCUCGGCAGAAUUCCAAGCUUUGGAGCCCAGAGCUUGAGGUGCUGUUAGGCGUGUUAGCUCAUAUGAGCUCCACAACUCUGGGCCGUAGUGUGCUUCCUGCCACUAUUUUACAGAUGAGGAAAGAGGCAGGGAGAUGUUAAGGGACUUGCACAGGGAGUCUUUGAGUCAAGAUUUGAACGUGGGUCUCAGUCCCACACUAUCCACUUCGUCUCUUCGAUGCCAUUCAUGAAAAAAGCCACCAAGCCAUUCCAGGCCAAGGCCAAGAGCCCAGACCUAGGGAGUCAUUUCUGGUAUUUACCCCACAGAACCAAGAACCUGCUCCAGGAACACUCAUGGCGAGGCCUGGUUUCUUCUCCUGUGUAUCCCCUGUGGAGGCCAGAUUACUUGUCAGCAAUUUCCCUGAUCAUUUUCUCCAGCUUUUGGGGGGGGUCCCUCAGUUUUGUUACUGUACAACACAUUCGUGCUUUCAUCUGAAUCUUCUAAUAAAGGGAAACUUUAUUUUAACUCCA